GGGCGCUGCGGUGCGUGUCCGCCUGUCCGCCAUGGGUGCGGAGCGGGAGGCUCGGGCCUGCGCUGCGUUGUAUGCGGGGCGGUGCGGGACGAACCCCGCCGUGCUGCGCUGUGUGCGAUGCCUGCAGCAGUUCAUGGGGAGCACAGCCAAGCGGUGCCGGGAUAAGCAGCUGGAGGAUGCUGUGCAGCUGGUACAGACACUGAGCGAGGAGCUGAAGGUGCUGGGUGAGAUGGAGGUGCGGCCGCUGCUGCGCUGUGUCCUGGCCUUCCAGCUGGAGGCUGCAGGCAGCUCCAGUGCCUUCCAGAAGCUGGAACAGAUUGUGACCCAGCUGGCUGUGGGUAAGGAGGUUUUGCUGGAGCAGGAGGUGGGCGCGCUGCUGGCCGGGCUGGCAUCGCAUGGAGAGGUGCUGUCCCCUGAGGACCUUCAAGCAGUGUGCAUGUUCAUAGAGAAGAGCAGACUGGGCCGGCACCACUGGCAGCAGAACAUGGCCUUGCUGCUGCAGCGCCUGGCUCACACCCUGGGCUACGUGUUGCAGGGACAACCAGCACCAAGUGGCACCUGGGGCUGCCUGGCUGUCAAGGCCUGCCUCCAGCUCUUCCAAACGCUGCCAAAGGAUGUAGCCCCACUGGUGUGGAGUGCAGCAGCAAAGAAUGAAGCCCUGCAGCGCAUCCUGGGGCUGCUGCUGGAGGCAGUGGCAGGGAAGGCCCUGAACAAGGAUGUGCGACUGCUGGUAGGCACAGCGCUCAGCAUGCUGCUGAACACAGCCCCACAGCCUGAGAGCGGGGCCAGCGCUGCACUCACCCUCUUCCAGCUCAUGAACAGAGCAGGUGCAGGGGAGCUGAGAGUUGGGGAGCUGACAGUGAAGGCUCACAGCAUCCCAGAGUCAGAUGGGCUGGAGAGGCUGGCGCUGAGCAGGGGGCUGCUGACAUGCUGCCACUCAGACAUCCUCUGCUUCCAGCUGGAGGGCAGCACCUGCCAGGCCUGCUUGCUGCUGGACGUGCUCUUCCCCACUGUGUGCACCCUGAGCAAGGAGCAGAAGGACUGCCACUACCACUGCUUCCAAGUCCUGCUGCUGUGGCUGCAGCGUGUCCAGGAGAACCUGCCUGAGCUCUGGCACCUGCGGGGCAGCCGCCUCCUGGCUGAGGAUGCCAAGCUGCUGCAGGAGCUCACCCAGCUGUUAUGGGACAACGCCGAGGCCCCGGUGGAGGGUGUAUCCGAGAUCAUCCAGAGCUCCUUCAAACUCCUGCUGGAGAUCUACCACCUGGAGUGCCAACACUUUGAGGACCAGGAGAGACCCCUCUAUCAACAGAUGCUGCAGAGGGCAGUCUCAAUGCCGUGGCAGAUCAAGGCCAGAUACGUGCCCCUGUGUGCCAUUGUCCCCUAUGUGGGCAGCCAGCAGGUGCUGGAUGCCUGUCCCAUGCUGCCACAACAACUCCUGAGCUGUCUGGCCACCAACCACCUGUGCCCCAUGGCCACCGAGCUGUACAGGGCCCUGGUGCGGCAGCAGUGCUCCCAGGGGCAGGGUGAUGUGCAGGCUGAGCUCUGGGCACAGCGCUGGUUGCCACUCCUCAGCCAGGCGCUCCGCUCACCCCUGCCCAUCCUGCACAGCAACGCUGCCAACCACCUCCUGCCCUGGACGCUGCGGCAGCUCCCGGCUGCUGGCACGCUGCUGGCCGCCCAGUUCGAUGGUGCAGACACAGCCGCACUGCGAGCCUGGGUGUCACUGCUGAGGGUGCAGAGGAGCACAUGUGGGGUCAUAGCGCUGCAGGCUGAGGAGGUAGCACGGCUGCGGUCCUGCCUGAGUGCCCGUGAGGAUGGAGUGCGGCUGGCAGCACUGGGACUGUUGUGCAGCAGCCCCGGGCACAGCUUGGCAGGCAUCGAGGAGCAGCUGCUGCGGGAGUUCCUGCCCCUCAACCUCAACUGUCACAGCUCUGCCUUUCGGCAGCUGCUGCAGGCAGCCCUCAAGAAGGUGCUGGGACGGCUGCGGGACGGUGCGCUGGCACGGCUGCGGGGGAAGGACCCCAGGGAGCUGAGGAGCAAGGGAGUGGGACAGCCGGCACAGGCUGUAGACUUUGUGGAGUGGCUGCUGCAGCUUUGUAUGUCCUCACUCACCCCCUGGGCCAACUACCAGAGGAAGAAGACGGCUCUGCUCCUGCUGACUGCCAUUCUGGAGACCUGCACAGACACCUGGAGCCCUGAGAGGAAGAAAGGGCAGCCCCCGCGGACCAUGGCCACCCUGUUGGGCCACGCCAGGCAGAGCAGCUGCUGGGACUUCUUUUCCCAGCCCAACCUGCUGGCACUGCUGGGCUGCCUGCAGGACAGCACUAAUGAGGUGGGUGCCACCUGCUGCCCUACUCCCCCCACUACAUCUCCAUUCUCACCUCUCCUCCUCCUCCGGCAGAUCAGGGACAUGGCCUCGGAGCUGCUCAUCCGCUACUUCCCUGCAGCGUUCCCUGAGACCCUCAGCCCAGCACUGCUCCAGCUGGCCCACGAUGCCCUCAGCAGCCCCCGCGUGCAGGAGGCUGAAGUCGGAGCAGUGCUUAUGAAGACAAUCCUGCAGAAGUCAGACAGCAGCACCCUGAAGCUCCUGGCCCUGGAGGCCAGCACAGCCCAGACGCUGACAAACCGCAGCCUGUUCUUCACUCAGCACCUGCUGCGGGUACUGCAGGCCCAGCUUGCCACAGCUCAGCAGAACCUGCUGCAGGCAGCAGCUGUAGCACCAAUGCAUGGUGUGCUUGCAGCCCUGCGGAGGUGCCUGCUACAAGUGCCUGAGGUGGUCACCUGCAUGCAAACAGCAGAGACAGCACAGGGCUGGCAGGAGCUGCUCAGCAGCCUAGUGGGCACUGCAAGGGACAUCACCUCCCUGCUGCUGGGGGCUCUGCAGAGCCAGCAGGGGCCAGAAGCUGAACAGCAAGUGGCCGCUCCGUCAUUUGCAGACAUGGGGAAUGCAAUUGGCUCACUCAUUAUGCUGGGGAAGGGCCAACAGGAGGAUGAGGACUCAGUUCUGCUGUCAGAGGAGCACAGUCUGAUCCUGACCUGCUGUUGGGUGUCAGUGAAGGAAGUUGGGCUGCUGCUGGGAGGCCUGGCUGAGCUGCUGCUGUCAUCCCCUGGUGCAGAGCACCUCCUGCCACUUGCCAGCCUGCAGACAGCUGCAGCAGUCUUCCAAGAGAUCCUGCUGCGGUGCAGGCACUGGGGAGCAGUGGAGGGCUGCAGCAUGGGCUUCACCAAGUUCUGUGCUGCUUUGCUGAACCACCCCAGCAUGGAGCUGCAGGCAAUCCCACAGACCAUAUUGGACCAGGGGUUAGAAGCACUGAGCGGACCCCGGAGCAGCUCGAUAACACGCCGUGCUGCUGGCUUCCCCAUGCUCUUCCUCUGCAUUGUCAGUGGGGAAAACCCAGCCCAGGCACGUCCACUCCUCACCCGCUGUAUCCAGAUGCUGCUGGACCUGGCCACCGUGGCCCUGCCGCAGGACUGGGACCAAACCCUUGACCUCCCACAGGUGUGUGCCCUGCACGUGCUGCAGACAUUGGUGCGUGGUGCAGGGCUGGGCACUGCGCUGCUGCAAUAUGCCACACCAAUGGUGGCCCUGACACUGCGGGGACUGAGCUCACCAUGCUGGGCCAUGAGGAAUGCGGCCAUCCAGCUCUUCAGUGCUCUCACCACACGGCUGCUGGGCCAGAAGCAGAGCUGCAUUGAGGGUUGCCUUGUGGAGGGGCUGAGCCUGCCCGCGUUCCUGGGGCAGCACCCACAGCUGGGUGCCGUGCUGCUGGCCGAGCUGCAGGCAGCCAGGCCAGGGGGGCCUCACCUGCAUCCCGCAUUGCACGCUGUCCUCACACUGCUGGCACAGCUGCAGCCUGGCCCCAAUGAUCCCAGCAGCCCCUCCACUCACUUCCUGGAGCCACUGCUGGAGCUGGCCGGGAGCCCCAUCUAUGCCAUACGAGCUAUGGCUGCCAAAGCACUGAUUCCUGUUGUCCCACCACCCCAACGACCAGCUCUGCUCCUGCACCUUGCCCAGCAGCUUCCUGCACCUGGGGGAGUCCACUCACACAACGCUCUGCAUGGGCGCCUGCUGCAGAUGCAGGCACUGCUGGCCCCCAACCCAGGCACUGAUGGGCUGCCUGCUGAGGCCUUGCACCCCGUGGCCCUGCAGCUGGAGGCCCAGGGCUGGCUGCUCAGCCCUGCCCAGCGCUGCCCUCUUGUCUGUGCCGCCUUCCUCCAGGUGCUCACCCUCCUGCCCGCAUCCCUCAGCCCCAGCUUCACACAGAGCAUCUGGGAUGCUGUCAGUUCUGAGCUGGGCAGCCUCAUGCUGGGCAGGGAGCCGGGCUGUGCUGAGCUGCAGGUGGGUGCAGCCAUCCUCCACCAGACCAUGGCCCGCUUUGCUUGCAGCGAAGCAGCCCGACUGGCUGACAGCAAGAGAAUCCACACUGUCUGCUCGCUUCUGCAACAUCCACACCCUGAUUUCCACCUUGCUGUGCUGAGCUGGGUGGCCGAUGGGAAGAGAGCAGAAUGUGGGGAGCUGGAAAGGGCCCUUCGUCUGACAGUGCUGGAGAACUUACAGUCAGUGCUGCAAGACAGAGGGAACAAGGAGUUCCUCAGAUUGUACCUUGAGGCUUUGAUGCAUCUUUGCAGAAACUGCCCAGCUUGGUCCCAGGGAGUUUCCCAGAAGCUCCAGGGCUCUGCCUUAGCAUGUGUGGAAAUGCUGCUCCUCAUGAUGGAGACAGAGCGCCCUGGCCCGGAGCUCCUCUCCCAGGCACUAUGUGCUGCCAGCCUGCUGCUCACCGUGGGGUUCAGGGAUGAGGAUUCCCUGCUGGUGCAGCGGUGGUGCACAGUGCUGGAGACAUGUGGCCGACCCCUGGCAGACGAGGUGCUGCGGCUGGCAGCUGCGUGCUCCCUGCAGACAGCAGGCACUGAGGUUCUGCGGCGAUGCCGGGGGGCUUCUUGCCCCUGGCUUGUCCCUAUGGCACUGCGGGUGAUAAACAUGAGUAUUCACCUCCUGCAAGAUGAGGACCCCGAUGUACGGCACGAAGCUGCAGGCUUUGCAAGCCUUGUGCAGCAUGGCCUGGGGCAGCCAGGAGGAGAUGGCUGCAUCUUCGUGCAGGGCAAUGUGGGGCUGCUGAGCCUCCUGCAGCUCCUCCUGGAUGAGUUUGGGCAUCACCCCGAGACCUUUGGCUCGCUGCUGCAGCACCUACCCCAGCCUGACCUCAGGGCCAUUGUAGAGGACCUGGAGGCUGACACCCCCCCCAGCCUGUACAAGGAGGAUGAGCCCAAUGUGUUUGUGGAGCCAGCUGCCCUGGCACAGCAGCUGCUGCCCUUCCUGCUGCAGCUUGUGGAGAAGGCUCCCAGCUCUGCCCUGCACUGGCUGCAGGCUGCAGGCCCUGGUACGCUGCAGGACCUGCACUACUGCCAGCAGCGAUGGAGCCAUGAACCUGCUACGCGCUGCUGGAUGAAGGAGCUGGGCUGUGCCGUGCUGCGUGCUGCCCUGGCUGUGCUGCUGGUGAGGGCACAGCUGGUGGCCCAUGUGCUCCGGGUGCUGGGUGAGGAGCAUGGAGCUGUGCUGGGGUUGGGCUGUAGUGCCCAGGAGCUGGAGCAGGAGCUGGCACUGGUGCAGGGGCUGUUGGCACAGCACGGGCUGGGCCCUGCUCCCCAACAGAGCACUGCACCGGUGGAGCAGGGAGAAGCACAUGGGGAUGGUUGAUGGCUGUGGGCACAGAGCGGUGUCACCGAGCCCUGCCGUGGGUCGGGUCCUGGUUCUGGUGGCCACGACCUGACGUUUUUUGGGUGCUCCGGGUGCGGCGGUGGAACUCAGGGGUAGCAGGAUCCACCCGUUCCCUUUGUGCCUGGAUGCAGCAUCACCAGCAACAGGCAGGGCACAGCGGCAGCUCUCCGACCCAUCG